GUCGUGAUUGGAUCGGUACAAAAUCUCUCACUCUCUCCCUCGUUUUCUUUCUCUCUCUCUCUCUCUCGCUCGCUUGCUAUAGUAGCUUAAAACAUUCAAGAACAAAGAGAAGAAGAAGAAGAAGAAAGCCGAAGAAGAAAGCCAUAGAAGUGUUUUUGGUUUAAACCAGAGCCAAACCCAAUCAUGAAUUCGCGCUGAUUCAAUAGGGUGUCUUUGGCUCUGUUCGUUCUUUCUAUCUCUGUUUCUGCAAUCUUCAUCUCUAGUCUCUUCUGUGUAGCGAGUCCGGGGUUUAAGAAUGUCCAGGCCUUUGCCUCUGCAUCGUGGCGUAUCUUCUGGGACACGAGGCUCUGGAGGGAGCAAUGAUUUCAGCGACUCUCAAAUGAAAGAUAAAACAGAGAAGGAUGAUUUGGAUAGAAGAGGUCCAUCUGAUCAGAGUGCCUUUGGGAUGAAGCUGCCCAUCCGGGUACUUUUCCCAGAAAAUUCUCCUUCCAAAUAUGGGAGUACUGAAAAUGGUUUUGCUUCUGAUCCCCUCACUCCAAGAAACCGACACAAAUUGGCAAUGCUACUUCUGAAGCUCAGUUUAGCAUUCAUUAUACUUGUUGCACUUUCCGGAUCAUUUUGGUGGACAUUAUCCAUUUCAACAUCUUCAAGAGGACAAAUAUUUGUUGGUUAUAGGCGACUUCAAGAACAACUUGUUUCAGACCUGUGGGAUAUCGGGGAGCUCUCUCUUGGUUCUUCUAGGGUGAAAGACAUGGAAUUCUGUCCUCAGGAGCUUGAAAAUCAUGUUCCAUGCUACAAGAAUAAUGUCUCAGAGAAUGGUGCGUUAGCUUUAUCUGAUGGCCAGGAGUACCCGCGGAAUUGCAUGCGUGGGAUGAAACAAAAUUGUUUGGUUCUUCCACCUGCAAACUAUAAGAUCCCUCUUAGGUGGCCUACUGGAAGAGAUAUCAUUUGGUUGGCAAAUGUGAAAAUUACCGCUGAGGAGGUCCUUUCCUCUGGAAGCUUGACCAAGAGAAUGAUGUUGUUGGAUAAAGAGCAGAUUUCUUUCCGUUCAGCCUCGCCCAUGUUUGAUGGUGUGGAAGACUACUCUCAUCAAAUUGCAGAAAUGUUAGGUCUGAGAAAUGAAUCUAACUUCAUUGAAGCUGGGGUAAGAACCGUCCUUGAUAUAGGGUGUGGUUAUGGUAGCUUUGGAGCACAUCUCUUUUCUAAACAGCUGUUAACUAUGUGCAUUGCAAACUAUGAGGCUUCAGGCAGUCAAGUUCAGCUAACUCUUGAAAGAGGUCUUCCUGCAAUGGUUGGAUCUCUUACCUCAAAACAGCUGCCGUAUCCAUCUCUCUCUUUUGAUAUGCUGCAUUGUGCACGAUGUGGCAUUGACUGGGAUAAAAAAGAUGGUAUGCUCCUGAUUGAAGUUGAUAGAGUUCUAAAGCCUGGUGGAUACUUUGUUUGGACGUCACCACUAACCAAUGUUCAAACAUACCAUCGUAACAAAGAGAAUCAAAAAAGGUGGAACUUUGUUCAUGAUUUUGCAGAAGGUCUCUGUUGGGAGAUGUUGUCUCAACAAGAUGAAACUGUUGUGUGGAAGAAGACAAGUAAAAAGAAGUGUUAUAGUGCACGGAAGCCUGGUUCUGGCCCUGCUUUAUGCAGCAGAGGCCAUGAUGUUGAAUCUCCAUAUUAUCGACCCCUUCAAGCUUGCAUUGGAGGAACACAAAGCCGCAGGUGGAUUCCUAUUCAAGAGAGGAGGAUCUGGCCUUCUAGAGCUAAUCUUAACAAGAAUGAACUUGCAAUAUAUGGUUUACACCCAGAAGAAUUGGCUGAAGAUGCUGAAAAUUGGAAAAUGGCAGUACGUAAUUAUUGGUCACUGCUGUCACCUUUAAUAUUCUCAGAUCAUCCAAAGAGGCCUGGUGAUGAGGAUCCGUCACCACCUUAUAACAUGGUUAGGAAUGUGCUUGACAUGAAUGCUCAAUAUGGUGGUUUUAAUUCUGCACUACUGGAAGCUGGAAAGUCUGUAUGGGUCAUGAAUGUUAUUCCAACGAGCGGACCUAACUAUCUUCCCUUGAUACUUGACCGGGGUUAUGUUGGUGUUUUACAUGAUUGGUGUGAAGCAUUUCCAACGUACCCAAGAACUUAUGAUAUGGUGCAUGCAGAAGGUCUUCUAUCUCUUGAAACUAAGCAGCAGCACAGGUGUACCAUGCUUGAUCUAUUUGCUGAAAUCGAUCGCGUACUUCGUCCAGAGGGUUGGGUGAUAUUCCGUGACAGAGCUCCUCUUAUUGAAACAGCAAGAGCUCUGACGACAGGGCUAAAGUGGGAUGCCAGAGUUAUAGAGAUGGAGAGUAACAGUGAUGAGAGGCUCCUUAUCUGCCAAAAGCCUUUCUUCAAGAGACAAGCAAUCUAGCUUUUUGGGUUUCCAAAGAUAGCCUGAGAAGUUUUUUAGUUCACAGUAUUCAUAUUCAUUUACUGAUGUUAUUUAAUCAUCAUAAAGCUCCGCCAAAGAAGGGUGGGAAAUCCAAAAUUUUGAACAGAAGAAGACACCAGAAAGAAAGGAAAAACAUAACAUUUGGUACGAUCAAUCGACCGCAAACUCCUGUGGAGCCGUAAGGCGUUCAUGGGGCAUGUAAUUAUGCUAUUGAGGCGCAGAGCAGGUGAGAAUUAUAGGGGUUAGUUUUGAUUUUCAAUGUGAUGUCUCAUUAUACCUACACAACCAAGUCAUUAAGAUUGUGAAGAUUAUUACCCAAAAAAAAAAAAAAAACAGAAUAAGCAAGUGCAGUUUGCUUUUAGUGUAUAAAAUGCAUGGCAUUGCAUUCAAGUAAAUGGCAAAAACAAAAUUUAUAUAUUUUCUUCUCCUGUAUCUGUUUUUUUUCCUAGAUUAAAUUUUUUUUUGGUGGGGGUUAAUCUCAAUAUCUGCUUAAGUAUGGUGUUUUGCAACAUUCAAUUUGUAUUGUUUGGUAGAAUAAAUUUUACACUUUUGGAACUUCAUUUUCAAUGAAUGAGUGUUGAAUAUUAUGAGUUUCUUGCA